AUGCAUUGGACAAGACUUUUCGCUACUGUUGUUUCGUUGGCAACACUACGCUUGGAGGCUCUUGCGGCGACCACCUGUUGGCGGGAUACGAAGUGCAGUGGUCCUAGUGAAGCUGCCUUUCAAGGGCCAUGGCACGAGAACAUCUACGCCCCUUCAUCGCGUACAGUUCGUCCAAGAUCAGUCAUCACCAUCCGAGACCGCCACCCAGCAAGCUAUCCGCGCACCGUCGUCCUCCGUGGUAACGGAACAAAUGUUGUUUUCGAUUUCGGCAUCGAAAUCGGUGGCAUCGUGUCUCUCUCCUACACCAGCAAUGGAACUGGUGCAAUUGGCCUCGCAUUCUCCGAAGCAUCGACGUGGAUAGGGGAGUGGUCCGAUGCAUCGAACGGGAAAUUUGCUGGGCGUGACGGCGCGUUGUAUGUCAACAUUAGCACUGCCGGUCCCGGGACGUACACGAUGCCGGAUGAGGUGAUGCGAGGAGGGUUUCGUUAUAUGACUGCCUUUCUUGUAACGGAUCGGGGCGCAUACGUUAACAUCACGGACGUGCAGCUGGAGAUAAGUUUCCAGCCUACAUGGACGAACCUAAGGGCUUAUCAAGGGUAUUUUCACUGCAAUGAUGAGCUGCUGAAUAGGAUUUGGUAUGCAGGCGCGUACACACUCCAAACGAAUGCUGUACCCACAAACACUGGACGAUGGGUUCCCAUGCUUGCGAACGGCUGGGCCAACAAUGGUACUUUGGGGCCAGGCGAUACCAUCAUCGUUGACGGCGCAAAGCGAGACCGCGCCGUGUGGCCAGGCGACAUGGGUAUUGCUGUUCCCUCGGCUUUUGUCAGCACCGGAGAUCUCGACAGCGUGAAGAAUGCGUUGCAAGUCAUGUUCGAUUACCAGAAUCCUGAUGGUUCGUUCCCGGAAGCGGGACCGCCGCUGUUACAGCAAAACAGCGAUACAUAUCACAUGUGGACGAUGAUUGGGACGUACAACUACAUGCUUUACACCGACGACAAGGCCUUUGUGCAGAAGAAUUGGGCCAAGUAUUUGAAAGCCAUGGAGUACAUAUACGCCAAAGUUCAAGUCAAUGGAUCUGGAUUGUUCAAUCAAACCGGUACGAGGGAUUGGGCACGCUGGCAAACUGGUUUCAACAACACGGAAGCAAACGUUAUCUUAUACCAUACUUUGCAAACUGGCGCUCAGUUGGCGAUAUGGCUAAACGAAACUAUAGCUACCGCCAAUAACUCCACAACCAACACUCUAGCAGAAACAUACACAAAUCGCGCAACAGCCCUCCAAACAGCCAUCCUAACACACACCUUCGACGCCUCUGUCGGCGCCUUCCGCGACAAUGCAACCCUAACCUCUCUCCACCCCCAAGACGCAAAUAGCAUGGCCCUCCUCUUCUCUUUGGUCCCUCCUUCCUCCGCUAUAGCCCAAUCCGUAUCCACCGCCCUAACGCAAAACUGGACGCCCAUUGGCGCCGAAGCGCCCGAACUCCCCGGCAACAUAUCCCCCUUCAUCUCCAGUUUUGAAAUCCAAGGCCACUUCACCGUGGGCCAAACAGAUCGGGCGCUAGAAUUGAUUAGGAGAAGUUGGGGGUGGUAUGCCAAUCAUCCCAACGGCACGGGCAGGAGAGGGGCUAUGGGUAUGAUCCGAGUUAUGUGUCUCAUGCUCAUGGCUGGAGUGCGGGGCCUACGUCUGCACUGA